CACUGCUGUUAGUUGUGUCAUUAGUCUUGUGGGUCGACCGUCAUGUCGUCUGGUAAGAAAAACAAAAAAACCAAGGGGAAACCCGUUCCCCUCGGAGAAUUUCUAGGGGCAUCAGCGUCUCCUUGUGGCUCUGCCGUAGUGCUUAAUAAAAGUAGCUGGGCUGAGGAGAGUGAAGACUAUGAAGAGGAUCGUUAUGCUCAACCAGAGCGGCUGGUACUGCCAACCGCUCCACGUAACGCCCGGGAAUCAGAUGUGGACCCGGAGCGUAUCCCAAGGGACCCCCCUUAUACAGCAUACAUUGCCAACCUCCCUUUCGAGGUUGAUGAUGAAGAUAUUAUUAGGUUUUUCCAAGAUCUGAAGGUUAAAUCCAUCCGUCUUCCGCGAGAGGGCGGUGAAGGAGGCCGCUUCAAAGGUUUUGGAUAUGUCGAAUUUGAAACUCGAAAUGAACUUAUUGAAGCCCUCGCUAAAAACGAUGAUGUGAUGAAUAACCGGAAGAUUCGGGUAGAUAUAGCAGAGGGAGAAGGAGGCAACCAGAGACGAGGGUUCUCUGACCGAGGAGGCAGGGAUGAGGACCGCCUGGACCGUAGCGAAGGAGUAUCUGACUGGAGGGCUCCGCCAAGGGACGCUCCUUCAAGAGAUGGAGGAAGAGAUGAUCGAAGUCCAGCUCGAGGAGGUUUUGAUAGAGAACGUCGUGAUGAAGGCCGUGGUGGGUUUGGUGAUCGCGACAGAGGCGGCUUCGGAGAUCGUGAUCGAGGAGGCUUUGGCGACCGUGACCGGGGCGGCGGCUUUGGUGAUCGUGAUCGAGGUGGCUUUGGUGACCGCGACCGAGGUGGCGGCUUUGGUGAUCGUGAUCGAGGUGGCGGCUUUGGUGAUCGCGAUCGAGACCGCGGAGGCGGCUUUGGUGAUCGCGAUCGAGACCGCGGAGGCGGCUUCGGUGAUCGCGAUCGAGACCGAGGCGGCGGCUUCGGUGAUCGUGAUCGAGACCGAGGAGGCUUUGGCGAUCGGGACAGGGGGUUCAGGGACAGGAAUGGAGUCAGAGGAGGCUAUGACAGGGACAGAGGAGGCUAUGACAGGGACAGAGGUGGCUAUGACAGGGAGAGAGGGUUCAGGGACAGGUAUGGAGACAGAGGUGGAUAUGACAGAGACAGAGGCUAUGACAGGGACAGAGGUGGACGAUUUGGGGGUAGUGGAAGUCGCUAUGAUGAUGACCGGAGAGGAGGAGGAGCAGGAGCAGGAGGAGGAGGUUUCCGUGAAGAUAAUCCUUGGAGACGUGACCGUGAAGGACCAAGGGGUUCCUCCGGCGGGGAAAGUUCUGGACCAAGAGAACGUCCUAAGUUAAACUUGAUACCUAGAGGUGGUGCAGGAGGUGAAGAGAAGAAAGAAUCCAGUUUGAAUAGUGGUGGGGGUGGUGGCGGCGGCGGCGGUGGGAGCAGUGGUGGUGGCGGUGGGAGCAGUGGCGGUGGCGGUGGGAGCGGUGGCGGGGAAGAAACAGGAGGCGGUGGUGGUGGUGGUGGUGGUGGUAGUAGUGGUGGUAUUUUUGGAAAUGCCAAGCCUGUGGACACGGCUGCUCGUGAACGCCAAAUUGAAGAGAAGCUACGAAAAUAUGAUGGUGGGGGUAGCAAAGACGAACCCCGUCGGUUUGAGCGUCGGGACGACAACCGGGAUGACAGGCGAGACCACCGCCGAGGAGACCACGACGACAUCCGGGACGACAGGCGAGACCUUCGCCGAGGAGACCACGACGACCAACCGAGCGAACGGCAGAUCAAUCCUCGGGAAGGUAGAGUGGAAAGAAAACCCCAUCUGGAUGAUCGGGACAGAAGAGAUCAAGAUGAUCAUCACGGUGGGGGUGGUGGCCGCAGUUCUGUGGACAACGACCUGCCACCGCCACCACGCCGGGCACAACUGCCCAAGGAUGACGAACCGGUUCUUGAUACAACCAAUAAGUUUUCUGGUUUGGACUUGGAGGCAGAAGAUUAG